CCAAAACUCCUCGUUAAUAAGAUAUCAGAAUGGAUGAUCGACUAAGUACAAUACUCCUGGAGGCGUCGACAGCGAUGGUUGGCAAUACGCUACAUACUUCCCAGCUCCGUAUAUAUAGGAAAUUCGAAAAAAUGAUGCUGUGUACAUACUUACUUCUAAGUUUCUUGGCAGUGCGAGCGUCGCCGGAGCCUCGUCGUCCGCCGGCGCUACUGGAGCCGCCGCACCGCGUCGAGUUCACCAACGACACCGGCGUCACGCUCAGUUGUUCCACCUGGGGGGACUACCAGCUGGACUGGCUGCUAGCAGACAGCAUGCCGGCGUCGCCAGUGCCGGGGCUCCGGCGGGUGGUAGCCAACGGCUCGCUAGAAUUGCCGCCGUUCCCUGCCGACCGCUACCGGAGAGACGUGCACGCCACCACGUACCGCUGUCGACUGCGGCUGACCAGCGGCUUCGCUGUGCUCUCCAGGAACAUCCACGUACAUGCGGCGCUGAACAUACCAUGGGAGGUGCACGUGCCGGAUGAGUACGUGAUGUCUGGGAACGCCGCCGUGCUGCGGUGCGUCGUGCCGGCGCACUGCGUCGACCGCGCCGACACCACCGACUGGCUCACUGAGGACGACGUCAGUGUGUUCCGUUAUUUAGAUUCUAAGUACCAACGUCUGGACGACGGGUCGCUGUACAUAAGCGCCGUGAGUCCGGGCGACCGGCACAGUCGGUUCCGGUGCCGGGUGCAAGACCGGCUUACCGGCACCAUUUACACUAGCCAAUAUUUCGGUCACGUGAUAGUGACAGAGCCGAAGGGCGGGGUGCGCCCGCGCAUGGCGGUGGAGGCGCGGGUGCGGCGUGUGACAGUCGGCCAGGACGUGCGGUUCCCGUGCGCCGCGCAUGCGUGGCCAGUGCCCACUUACAGGUGGUUUCGUGAGCACCACGAGCAGUUGACGCCUAUAGAGAAGACGUCGCUAUGGCAAAGGGCAUCGCUUCUGGGCAGCGGGUUGCUUAGCAUAGAGGCGGUGCGGCGAGACGACGCCGGCCGGCUCGUCUGUUGGCUUAACAACACCGUUGGCGGGGAGGCUGUGCACUUCACGCUUCUCGUCACAGAACCAAUAUCCGUCCGUAUAAAACCAGAGUUUUUACGAGCAAAAUUGAACUCGGACGUGAGUUUCGAGUGCAAAGUAUCGGGUCACCCGGUAGAGACUGUCUACUGGGUCCAUGAUGGAAGAGUUGUGAAGACUAGUGAGAGGACUCGCUUGUCUGACGACGGCCUAAGGUUACAUAUCAAGGGAGCCCAGAGGGACGACCAGGGGGUCUACCAGUGCUUCGCGAGCAACAGCAGAGACCAAGCCUACGGGAUCUCUGAGUUUUUAGUUGAUGUGUCCGAGAGAGGCCGAGCCGUGGGCAACCGCUCGAGGCGAACGCCAUUCGCCAGGAGUGCCAGCCACGAUAAUGACUGGAAUUUCACUGGAAAUAGAGAAUCCAAACCAGAACUAGUGUACUGGUUUUCGGAGCAGACCUUGCAGCCUGGCCCCAGCGUGUCACUCAAAUGUGUUGCCAUGGGUUAUCCGCCGCCGCAGUUCACCUGGCUUCUCGACGGAUUUCCAAUCCCCACAAAUUCAAGAUUCGUGGUUGGUCAGCACGUCACGUUACAAGACGACGUGGUCAGCCAUCUUAACAUCAGCCGCGUGACAGAACAAGAUGGCGGCGAGUACGCGUGCGUCGCGAGCAAUUCCGCGGGAAAAGCUAUCCACGCGGCGAGAGUCAACGUGUAUGGACUCCCUUAUAUCAGAGAAAUGCCCAAAGUAACCGCAGUAGCUGGAAGCGACCUGAACAUCAAAUGCCCUGUGGCUGGAUACCCAAUUGAGACCAUCACUUGGGAAAGAGAUGGUCAAACGUUGCCUCUGAACCGACGUCAAAAGGUGUUCCCCAACGGAACGCUGGUGGUGGAACAGACGCAGCGCACAGAGGACGCCGGCACCUACACCUGCCAGGCCAUCAACAGACAGCGACACAUCGCUAGGAGAGAAGUGGAAGUACAGAUACUAGUUCAACCGAAAAUUUUGCCCAUUCAGCCGUUGACGAACCUGUUACGAGAGGGGAUGAGGGCUGCAAUUUCCUGUCAGAUUCUGGAGGGGGAUUUGCCGAUUGCCUUCCGAUGGGAGAAGAAUGGGCAACCAGUGACGUCAUCGCCAUAUGCACCCAGUGGCAUUAUUACCAGGAGAAUGGACGAGUACAGCGCAUCUCUAGUCAUUGAACAUAUCACUUCGCUGCACAGCGGGAAUUACACUUGCAUUGCUUCUAACGUCGCCGGUUCUGAGCGGUUUACUGUACCUUUGACCGUCAAUGUACCACCGCGAUGGCGCAUGGAACCAAAUGACAUAGCUGUGGCGGCUGGACAAGACGUGACGCUACACUGUCAAGCUGACGGGUAUCCAAAACCAACAAUAACAUGGAAGAAGGCCGUCGGUAACACGCCCGGUGAAUAUAAGGACUUUAUAUUUGAAGGCAGUUCAAGAGUCUUAGAGAACGGUUCGUUAGUGUUCGAAAGAGUUGCCAAGGAUAGCGAAGGCCAUUACCUAUGUGAAGCUAGAAACGAUAUCGGCGCAGGACUCAGCAAACUCGUCUUCCUGAAGGUCAAUGCUCCGGCCCGGUUCCCAAUGAAGAGUAAGACAGUGCAAGUGACGGCGGGAGAAGCGGCACAUCUGCAGUGCGCCGCUUCAGGAGACGCGCCACUAGAAGUCAGCUGGCGGAGCCCUCACCAUCACACCAUCGCCCAUCACCUCGAUCAGAGGUACACGAUUCGCGAACAAGUCCUCGACGAUGGGUUAGUUUCUGAGUUGAGUAUAUUGCAGACAUACAGACAGGAUACGGGGGCGUUGACCUGUCGAGCAUCUAACGCAUAUGGCCAGGAUGAGAUGCUCAUACAUCUUGUGGUUCAAGAGGUUCCAGAAAUGCCCAAGAACAUAAGGAUAAUAGACCAACAAUCAAGAUCGAUACAAAUAUCUUGGACGCAACCCUACGCAGGGAACAGUCCUAUAAUAAACUACAUAGUCCAAUACAAAGAAGCUACAGACUCGUGGCCAACCACGCCCCAAAAAGUCAUAGUGCCAGGCAGCGUGACGUCGGCAAGUGUCCAAAAUUUACAACCAGCGACAUCUUACCACCUUCGGAUCAUAGCUGAAAACCGACUGGGUCAAAGUGAACCUAGUCAAUUGGUCCAAGUAACUACUACUGAAGAAGUACCAAGUGGCCCACCCUUAGACGUAAGAGUGGAGGCCAAAAGUUCGACCGAGUUGAGCGUUAGUUGGGAACCACCACAGCGAGACCUUUGGAAUGGCAAUAUCCUUGGGUACUAUGUCGGAUUUCAAGAACUAAACAGCAACAGCUCGGUACUGAGCGCCAGCGGCCCUGGUGGUGCUUCGUAUACAGUUCGCACGGUCGAAGGGGCCGGCACAGCCAGAGCACGAACAACACUAUCAGGGCUCCAGAAACAUGCAGCAUAUGCUGUCAUAGUCCAAGCAUACAAUAGCAGAGGAGCCGGGCCUGCUUCACCCCCUACAACUGCUACUACUAUGGAAGAUGUACCAAGUUUACCACCUGGAUCUCUCCAGUGCACGGCCUUGAGUUCCCAAUCAGUAAGAGUAACAUGGGAACCGCCGCCGAUGCGCGGGCGCAACGGCGUCUUACAAGGGUACAGGGUCACUUACGCACCGGUCACAGAUUGGUAUGGGAGUGAAGAAGCAGUAACAAAGCAAAUAUCAGGACUCCAUACCACUCUAUCAGGACUUCGACGUUACACCAACUACUCGGUGACAGUUUGCGCGUUCACAGCAGCCGGUGACGGAGUUAGAGCUGCUCCUGUUUAUUGCCAUACGGAAGAAGAUGUGCCUUCCGCUCCGGCUGACAUCAAAGCAGUAGUGUCAUCUCGGAACAAGAUUCUAGUAUCAUGGUUACCACCAUCAUCGCCCAAUGGGAUCCUUGUUGGCUAUACUCUGUAUAUGAGCGUCAUUGAAGAUGGAAGAGAGGAGGGUACCCACAAAAGAAUGUUGUCACCAAGCACACUGUCACAUGAGACGUCGCGGUCGCCACCUCGUGCAACUCAUCAGUUCUGGGUGUCAGCUUCAACGCGUCUUGGUGAAGGAGAAGCUACUAGAGUCGUCACUGUUUUGCCUACAGAUUCAGUUCCAGCAAGAAUCACAUCAUUCAGUCGAAGUAUAGUAACGCCAUGGAAGGAAAACAUUUCGCUAGCUUGCAACAAAGUGGGAGUCCCUAUUCCUUCAACAACAUGGACCAUGAAUGGAGCUUCUUUAGAAUCCACUCUGAGGAAGAACGUCACUACUGAUGGCACGCUUAUAAUUAGCAUGACUCAGUACGCUGACAGCGGCAACUACACGUGUACGGUGGAAAACCCUCACGGACGAGACGAAGUGACAUACAGCGUCGAAGUGAAAGUUCCACCACAACCGCCCGUACUAGCCGUCGUAGACUCUUAUGCAGAUUCCUUGCAUCUGCAGUGGAGUGACCAGGGCGAUGGCGGUAGCCCUAUAUUAGGAUACGUAAUAAACUACAAACGCGAACAUGGUGACUGGGAAGAAUUGCAGGUAGAGGCUGGAACAUCGGAGCAUGUCCUGCCGAACUUGUGGUGCGGCACUCGAUACCAGCUGUAUAUCACCGCCUUUAACCGCAUUGGCACUGGUCUCCCUUGCGAUAUUGUACACGCCUAUACGAAAGGGACCGUUCCAGUAAAACCGAAACAUUCGCAAAUGAUAACUCUAAACACGACGACUGUGACUGUUUGGCUGGACUCAUGGGGCGACGGCGGCUGUGGCAUACUUUACUUCGUCAUCGAGUACCGAGAAAUCAGCCAAUCUCAGUUUGUGCUGCCUGUUUUCCAGUGGCGUUUAGUGUCAAACAGCGUGCAAGCAACGGAGAGGGUGUUCAGUGUGACGGGUCUGACCCCGGCGACACAAUAUCAACUACGAAUCACAGCGCAUAACAACGCAGGACACGCUGUAGCACUGUACAACUUCACUACACAUUCUUUGAGUGGCAUGCUAGACGGCGAGUUAUCACCACCGGUGCCCGCGGCCGGGUCGCGGUCGCUCGGCGGCGCACGCGUCAUCUUGCCCGCGGCGCUGUCACUCCUCGUCCUCGGGGCGCUCGUCGCUAUUGUUCUACUAGUCAGGAGAAAUAAAGCAGGUGGAACUGAGACUGUAGCUACAGAAAGUGGAGUAGGAGAAUCGCCUUCCGUCGCUCAACUGCAGAACAAGGUGAAUCGCGAUCAGCAGUACCUCGCUGCUCGAGCGCAACAUCCAGCACCGCAGCAUCACUACAAACAUGCUUCAAACGAAUACAUCGAAGACAUUUGCCCAUACGCAACGUUCCAACUGACAAAACCGACAGCAUACAGCGAAAGCAGCUAUAGUGGCAACGUGUACAGUGGCCCUUACCACUCUGUUAGAGGCUCUUUCGUUUACCACGACUUGAAACAAAACGACAAAUACAAGGGCAAAGAACCAGAAUACACUAAAGUAAGAAGAAAAGGAAACAGACUGCGGGAUCCACAUUCCGAGAGCCAAGAGUCGGACAACUUGGGGUCGACGGACUCGGAGGUGAAGAAGAUACUAACGCUGCACCUGCCCAUUACAGAGUACGAGAACGACGAGAGCGACGACGCGAGUGCGCCGCAUUCCGACAGCGAGUCCGCCACGCGGCUGCGGCCGGCGCACCCCACCGCCUAUCCAAGUGUGGAACGCGAGGAAUCGUCGUCGUCUUCUGAAAAUUCCGUGGGUGGAGUAGUUCGUAAAGCGUUCCCUUCACGGAAAGGCAAAGCUGGUGCCAUGGGCAAGAGGCACGUGAGGUCUUCCAGCGGCUAUAGCAGUCACAACGACGAAACAACAUUCAGUGUAUCGAAUUACCCGUCUUUCAACGACCACAUCCACCCUCCGUCGCGGUUCUCGGACGACACCGAGUGCGAGGGUCACCACAGACGCAAGCGACAGCACCACACCCCGCACAGUGACCCCAAGAUGUCUAGAGAAGCCUUCCAGAUCAACGUAUGAGGGUCGGACACCUUUAGUCUUACGGAUUGUUUGUUAAAAUUAGAGAACUUAUAAGACGAUUCUCUGAAUACUUUCGUAAUUGGAAAGAGGGUCUUUCGUAUAGUACUCUCGCGUUAACUAUUGCACAAAGAGUCAAAUAUUGUGAGGUGACACUGGGCAAAUUGUUUAUCGAACAAAGUUAGAACUAUUACAGUUUUUUAAUGUUGCCAAACUAAAUAUGUUGUAAAUAUGGUUGUAGAUAGGUAUAGCCAAAAUAAUUACGAGUAUUACUUAGUGCCACAUACAAUAAUCAUUUUGUACUCCGAACUCCAGAAACGAGUAUUUUAAUAAAUAUACUGCAAGUGGUCUAGCUAGGUUCUAAAUCCGGCGUCGGACCGAUAUUGACAUGUAAAUAAAGUUGUAAUUACCAGUGUAUGAGUAUCAAAUGUAAGGAGAACAAUAAUUAAAAUAAAAAUAGUUCUAUUUUAAACUUAAUGCCUUAUUGACCAAAGUCUUAAAACUAGUUACGGAUGUAAUUGAAAAAUUAUGUCCAAUGUUUGAGAAUUGUUUGAUUGUUGUAUUAAAGUUUAUGAAAACUAUUUGUUUUCAUUGGCAAAUCUUAUCAUUGUCUAUAUUUAAACGGUACGAGCAAAGAUCGUCGGUCCAGAUUAUGUUCAGUCAUUAUUUACGUGCUACAUUCAUAAAGUUCUAAACGUUUAUAAGAUUGUUGAAAUAUCGGGUAUCUUUGAUCGUACUGUGAAAUUGAAAUGUGUAAAUUUAAAGUUUUCCAAUACAUAUUUAUAAUGUAGUAGUUAAAUAAACGUUUUGUAAAGUGCCAACAAUGUUAAAAGGUGUGACAUAAUCAAUUUAUAGAUAUCUAACACAGAUGAAUAAAAAUAUAAACAUUCGUGUAAGUUCCACAAAUUGUAAGGCGACUUGGAGAACAAGUUCCACUUAAUUCUAAAAUACUUACAAACUCACAGACGGACUUUAUAAGGUGUACUCCGGCAUACCUUCCUUCCGAAUACCUACGAAAUUAUAGACAGGUGUACAUAUUCUACAUCUCUAUCAACUACCACUGCUGAUUCUAUUCUAUUAAUAAAACUCAUGCUUAAUGUGAACUACGUAAUGGAUGUAAAAUAAUCAAAUGUUAGUAUAUGCAAUCCUCAGUAACAGUAACACAAGACAAUACACUUACCUAUAGCUUUUUGGUGAAUAUGGCAGAAAGUUAACUUUAUAAUGUACAUUUUGAACUGUAUCGAUAUUAGUAUAGUUUUGUGGUUCAAGGAAAUAUUGCCUUUUCGCUAUGAGACGAUGUAUCAGAUAUACUUAACAAAGGUACCAUCAUAAGGUAAAAUAUUAAAUUAAAAAUAUUUUGAAAAGACGCUAUUUUCUCGGCCCAUGACAUAGUUUAUGAGUGUUGAACACUUAACACAACGUUUUGUAUGGACAACACAUGUUUUAAGCGUUUUGUGUGUAUUUCUAAUUGAUUACAAUCGUUUACGUUGACUCUCUUUCGUAACUCCAACGAAGACUGCCCUAUAUUUAAUUGAGAACUAUUUUAUAUAAAAUCUAGUCACAAAUACCUAAAGCUAGUCGAUUGAAGUAAACAUUACGUAGAUAUAUUGUUUUGAAAUGUUUUUAUAUUUAUGUAGCAAGAAACGGGACUGAGGCGUUCAUUUCUUUUGUUGAAAUUAACUCUUUGGGUUUCUGCGUAAAUAGUACUUUGAGUCAUUUUUAUAUAAAUGUAAUAUAAUUAUAUAUCGGUAUUUAAAUAAUAUUUUAGUAUGAUUUAUGGUGAAAAGUGAACACAUUUAAUACAACGUAAUAAAACGAAACAUUCCAAAUCUAGUUUGAAUUUCUAGUCAAUGUACCAUAUCAUUUUGAGCAUUUUGUUAUACUGAUACACAUAUUAUAAUGUAAGAGUUAGUUAAUCUGUUGUUACAGACAUGUUUUUAUAAAGCAAACAAAUGGGUUACUAGGACAGUACGAUGUG